AUGGUCGAGCCAGAAGCUGGUAUUUUGCGCCUUGCACGCGAGACCCGUCAGAUGAUUUACGAUUACAUCGUCAGCGACACUCCAGAUCGGACUAUCAGAGUGACACUGGUCAAGUCGACACUGAAUUCGAAAGACAAGCUUCAGAAAGACAAGCCCCAGAAAGACGAGCUUCAUAUUGAGAGUUGGGAAACUGUCCUAAAUCUCAUCUGCACGCAUUGGACCUUCGAAAACGAAGUACUCUCCUACCUGUACCAAAGCUUUACAUUCGUAUUGACAGAUAGCGAACGCACUUGUCGCCCCUUUGUUGGAGCUUUCUCUCGCGCCCUGACGCCUAAAAAUAGAGUCCGUGUACGAAAGAUUGCCAUUCCUUUCUUCACCAUCCGUGGCCUUUUCGACCUCGCCCAUUUCACUGAUUCGUCUGUGCUUCAACGUUCCCAGGAACACCGUUUUAACAUUGUCGACAAUGCCCAUCUCCACCCAUACGUACUCAAAACCUUGGUUCCAAGCGAUUAUAGCCUCGAGAGAACACAAGCCAAGUUACUCAAAGGACUCGUUUACGCACUCCUCGUAUUGAACCGAAUGCCGGGUUUGGAGUGCCUCACAGUCGGUGUCGACGUCCUUGAGUUCCUAACUGAAAGUAUCCUCCAGACCGGAGCUAUCAACCGGGGCGAGCCAUCGGUGCCAAUAUCCGAUCUUACUGUUAUCAUUGACCAAGUUAGGCAAGGCAAACUGCAUCGCUGGCAUCGUUUGAUCGAUGUUCUGGGUGGGAUCAGAGACUUAGGUAAACUGCGCCAGGUUCGACUGGAACUAGACUGGAGUAACUUCGUGCAGGACAAAUAUCAGAGGGCUGGUGUGACAUUUGGACCACCAUGGACGAAGGAUGUCAAGGAAGAGAUGGAGCUACGAUUCAGCAAAAUGGUCACUGCAUGUAUCACGAGCAUGGUUGCGAGGGCGGAGUAUAAACGUCAGGAGGUAUUGGAUUUCCCCGGUGUUAACGUUGUCUCGAAGAUUGUCUAA